AUGGCUACUCCCCGCGCAUCAAGCGUAUCCGUCCAGAAGAAUCGACCCCGGCAGACUGGGUCGCUGAGCCCAGCGUGUGAUGAGUGUCGAAUCCGCAAAGUGCGCUGCAAUAAAGAGUAUCCCAAGUGCUCAAGCUGUCGAGCGUCCAAUCUGCCCUGUGAAUUCUCCAACAAGGGCAAGCGCAUCAACCAUACCAAGAAAUUAGUGAAUGAUGUGGAGCUCCUGGGCAGUCGUCUGGGCAAGAUUGAAGAGGCUCUCUUUCGCUGUUUGUCCGUGGUUGAAGCUGCCAACACCCCGCGAUACGGCAGUCCAUCUCAACCCGCUUCUCGACCAGAUUCAGAGGGUAAUCAAGACCGAGAAGAGUCUCGCCGCGGCUCGGUCGACUCUGAGGAUAGCUGGUCGGAUGGCUCGUCCGAUCCGCUCGCUCACGGUGAACGAGAUCCGCAAGCAGAUCCAAUGCACUACAGCAGUCCGGUAGCAUCGCUCUACUUUGAGGCACGAGCUGCAAGCAUCCAGUUGAUGUCGUCAAUAUCAUCAACGGAGAACGGUUCCAGCCCAGCGAGUCCGCGUGGGCGCGAGGGUCUGUCCCCGUCGACGCCUCUGGGAGGGUAUCUGUCGGACGCCAGCGAGCUCUUCCAGCAGCUGGCCACGGGUCCUCCGCCCGUCUCUGAGCCCAAGUACGAUGAUCUCCCACCAGCAUUGCCCCCGCGAACCUUGCUAGAAGGCUUCGUGGAAGCGUACUUCACCGACCUAAACCCUUUCCUCCCUCUCUAUGAUCGACAGAGCGUGCUUGAUGCCAUUGAGCAGCAGUAUGGGCCGCGAAGCGAUGGCCCCGACCUGGCCUGGAUAUGUUCGUUUAAUAGCAUCCUACUGCACACCCUCGAGGCCAAGUCGAGUGCCGCACGGCCAGGAGGACACACGGGAGAUAGUACCCUGGAGCGAGGGUUGGUGGUCCAUCUUCUGCUCAAUGCGCGCCGCUGUUACAAUAACUUUGAGCGCCUCCUGCAACCACGUCUCGCCAAUGUCCAGAGCUUGUUCAGUAUGGCACUGGUAGCACUCCGAUACUUCAGCUUCACAAUGUUUGAGACGGUAUUUGCGCAGGCUUGCCAGUUGGCCCGCACCAUCGGGCUGCACCAGACUGCCGCCGGAGCUCCCCAGGAAGCAGAGCGGCGCCACCUCUUCUGGUGCCUGUUCAUCAUCGACAAACAUGCGGCCUUGGCGGUUGGCAAGCCGUGUCUGCUCCCUUCUUAUGCCUGUGCUAUCCCAAUUCCCAGCUCCAAGUGCGGGUCACUCAUCGAGGACCAGUUCACGGCACGUAUAAUGCUGGCCACCAUCCUCGAGGAGAUGUAUCGUCGCCUACAUUCAGCCCGCAGCACGCGGCGUGGCCGCGAGCAAAUUUCCCGCCGUGCUAGCCAGCUUGCCCGCCGCUUGGAGGACUGGGCGGUACAGCACGAACAUGCCCUGCAUCCGACGGGCACGCCAGAGGCGUCCCAGGUGCUGGCAGCCGCGGAACUGCAGUAUGCGCUGUAUAUCAGCCGAGUUCUCGUGCAACGGCGCAUUAAUGGGCCGGAAAGCCGGUCCCUUCGAUACAGUCAUGCUCGCACAGGCCUGCAGUUGCUCCAGAAGCUGUGCAAUGGUGACCACCUGGGAGGACGUCGCGUUGGCUAUGCCAUGUUCGCCAGUGUCACCCUCAACUACUCCCUCAUCCCCUUCCUGGAAGUGUACAUGCAGGUGCUGCAGGAUCACCCCCGGGCGGAUGCGUCGGAUGUGGCGCUGCUGACAUCCUUUGCGGCGCGCGCGGACAUUCUGGCCGCACAGACAACCGCGACGUCGUAUACGGCCCGAGUGCGCGAGGUCAGUGCUCUCUGCUGUCAAGUCGUCACUCGGCUCCACCAGCCCCUCGAAGCAGCCGAGUCCCAGGUGGAUCAGCCGGCAAUGCCGGACCCUUUCUGGGAUCUGAGUGCCAUGACAGCCGAUGCCGGGUGGGACACGACACCGGCAACGCCCCAAUUUCCUAGUAAUCUGUCAGUCCAGCCGGAUCCCUCUUUCUUCCUGGAUGCGGGAGGCUCCGUUGGACCGGGCUUCUCGCUGGGCGGUCCCAUCUUCACGGAUGGUGGGCCGGUCAUGUUUGACAACCUACUGGACUCAUUUGCUGGCCCGGACACUGCGUUGGGAUUGAUGCAGUGA